GGGCGGCCUGGAGGUCCUCAAUGGUGAAUUGGGAGGGGCCGAGAGAGGCAGUGUCGAAGUCGUCAUCGGAAGUGGGUGGAGUGGUGUCGUCAGGGGUGAUGUUUAGAAGAAGCGGGGGCAGGAGGGAGCGCGUGCGGACUGGUGAUGGGGGUGGAGGAGUUAUCGUGGUGAAGCAUGCGAAAGAGGAGGUCAGCGAAGGGCAUGUCGGGUUCGUGGGCGAGGACGGUUGCAAGAUUUUUGUGGCAUACUCGCCUGAUGUGGGAGAUGAAUGCAAAGUCGGGAACGACGGUGGUGGGGAGGUGAUGGCGGAGGGAGCGGAUGUAUUGGACGAAGCAGUCCGUGGGACCGGUCUGGUGGAGGUGACAAAAUUGUUCGAGGUAGUCAUCGAUGGUUUUCUGGGGGGGGAAGGUGGCAGUGAGAAGGUUGUCCCAUUUGAGGAAGGAGUGACGCGGUCCUCCGGAGGCGCGACGGUUGCUGACUUCGGCCAUCCACCAUUUGGCGGCAUUGCCGAGGAGGCGGGAGGUGGCAAUGGGAAGCCAGUGGACAAGGGGGCAUGUGAGGUCACACGGUUGGAUAGGCCAGAGAUACUGGCUUCGAUUUUGGUGAUGGACGCGCGGAUGUCCGUUUGGAAAGAGGACAUCAUGCGAAUGAGGGUGGCGAUAUCGGUGGCAACGGGCUCGGAUCUUUGUUCGCCCAUAAGUUCGCGAGCGCGGCUGUCAACAGACUGGGUGUUGACGGAAGUCAUAUCGAUGCUGGAGGAUUGGGCCAUGUUGGGGCAAGAUGGAAUGGAUGAGGUGGCUGAGGCGACGGCUGCGGAUGAGGUGGAGGCAGACGCGGUGGCAGCGGUGACAGCAGCAGUGGUGUCGGUGGCGGCGCGUUGGGAGUUCUUGGUGUUGUGCGGUGGCAUGUGGAGAUUCGGGGGAGGGGGGGGAGUUUCUGAUUUAUUUAUCAAUAAAGAAACAUAAUUGCCAAGGUUUUCCAAAGAAGAAAAUAAAAAUAAAAAUCCAAAUUUACAAGAUGUCAAAAAAUAAUUAAAUAAAUUUCAAGAAGGAGA